CUGCUUGACGCAAACAGAAGAUUCGUAUUCGUCCACAAAUAUAUGAUAAGGAGAGAGGGGACUCAACGUUGAGCGAGAAGACAAUGGCAGUCCACAAAGUAGUGAUCGUGGGAGCAGGGAUUGCGGGUCUUGCUACGGCCGUCGCCUUAAAGAGGGUAGGCAUCCCGGCGCUGGUUCUCGAGAGGUCACACGAGCUACGAGCUACUGGCGCGGCCUUAACUCUAACCCCUAAUGCCUGGCGGGCCCUCGAUGCCCUUGGCGUCGCUCACAAGCUCACCUCCAUCUAUACUCCUUUCCAGAAGGGAUCCAUAACUAACGUGGUCACUGGAGCAACCCAACGGGUUUCCUACGCUGGAACCUUAGACAGGGAAGGACUGGAAGUCAGGUCAGUGCACAGGAGAGCAUUGCUGAAGGCACUUGCUGAGGAACUUCCUACCGCGACAAUUCGGUUCUCAUCAAAGCUCAUGUCCAUCCGCACCGAAACACUACAAGAUUUGCCUGUUUAUGUCGUACACAUGGAUGGUGAACAAGUUGUCAAAACCAAGGUUUUAAUAGGGUGUGAUGGAGUACAUUCAGUAAUCGCGCAAUGGCUAGGACUUUCCGCACCUGUUCAUUCAGGUCGUGCAGCUGUGCGCGGUUUAGCUAUAUUCCCUGAAGGACAUGGGCUUAACCAUGAAGUCCAACAAAUCAUAGGUGACGGUGGUAGAGGUGCUUUCGUUCCUCUAACUGAUAAAGAUAUUUAUUGGGCCAUGACCUAUAAAUCAUCCAUGAAUGGAGGAGAAUGGGCCAGGGACCCUGAGCUGAUUCAAAAGUAUGUAUUGGAAAACUUGGCCAAGAACUUCCCACCAGUAUACUUGGAUGUGGUCCGACAUUCUGACUUGCCUACGUUAACAUCAGCUCCACUCAUGUUCAGGCUCCCAUGGGAUCUCAUAUUCAAGAAUGCAUGUAAGGGGACUGUUACAGUUGCAGGUGACGCCAUGCAUCCAAUGACACCUGAUUUGGGCCAAGGUGGUUGUUCGGCAUUGGAGGAUGCAGUUGUCCUAGGUCGGAAUAUCAGGAAUUCGUUGUUGGAAAAUGGAAAAUUUGAGCAAAAGAGGGUUGAGGAAGGGUUGAAGAAGUAUGUGAAGGAGCGAAGGUGGCGUGUAUCUGGGUUGAUUGCUGGGGCUUACCUUUCGGGGUGGAUCCAACAAGAAAGCUCGGGAUGGCUGAUGAAGUUCAUCAGGGAGAAGAUCUUCUAUGGGUUGAUCUAUAACAAGUUGGCUGAUGCCAUACACUAUGACUGUGGAAAGUUACCCUCAGCUUCCUCUUUGGAAAAUGCACCAGAAUGAUAAAGGUAGGUUUCUCUUUCUUUUUGGUUUAUUGGUGUGUAUUACAAUAAGGACGCUAGUUGUGUGGCAGGGAAUUCCUGUAACACAAAGGCCUGUGGAGCCUACUAUGAUGUUUGUGUGUUCCUAUGUCCAUGCUCAUGUUAGGAUAAGAGCACAAAAAAUAGGUAGAUAAAAUACCAAAUUGGGCCACAUCACAGGAAAUGAUGGGGAUGGAAACAUCCAUCAAUGAACCCUUCUUGGGUCUCACCUUGUAAUAUAAUAUAUUUAGAAAUUUUUAGUGUGUGUAUGUGUGUGU